GGAAUUUUAAGCAUUACUUAAAAUUUUAGGGUUAGUAAAUGCUUUAAUUAUUAUUAUUUAAACUUAAAUUUGUGAAUAAAACAAUUUGAAUUAUGGAUAAUUAAAAAACAAUAUGUUAUUUUUAACGAAAUAUGUUUCAAAAUCGGUACUGUAUAUUUGUAUACGAAGGUAUAAAACAGAAACUGCAGUUAGAGUACGAUUUGCCCCUAGCCCUACCGGUUAUUUACAUCUGGGUGGUCUUAGAACGGCUCUUUAUAAUUAUUUUUUCGCAAAAAAACACAAUGGUACAUUUAUAUUGAGAAUCGAAGACACUGAUCAAACUAGAUUAGUUCCUGGAGCAGUGGAACAGUUACAAGAAGAUUUACAAUGGUCGGGAAUUAUAAUUAACGAAGGACCUACACAGGGUGGUACUUACGGGCCGUAUUUACAAUCUGAACGAUUGGAUAUUUAUAGGAAACAAUUGAAGGUACUAUUAGAUAACGGAUCCGCUUAUCACUGUUUUUGCACUGAUAAACGGUUGCAACUUUUGAAAAAAGAAUCAUUAAGGAAUCAAGAGAUUCCGAAAUAUGACAACAAAUGUCGUCACUUGAGCAAAGAAAAUGUUCAAGCCAAUCUUGAGAGUGGAAAACCCUCUUGUAUUAGAUUCAAAAUCACCGAUCAAGAAGAAAGUUUUGAUGAUUUAAUUUAUGGCAGAAUUGCUUAUAACAUUUCAUUAAAUGAAGGCGAUCCUGUAAUCGUUAAAUCUGACGGGUUUCCUACUUACCAUUUCGCUAAUGUUGUUGAUGAUCAUUUUAUGAAUAUUUCUCACGUUCUUAGAGGCGUCGAAUGGCAAAUAUCCACCACUAAACACAUUUUACUUUAUAGAGCGUUUAAUUGGAAACCUCCACUUUUUGGUCAUCUACCGUUGCUAAUGAAUUCAGAUGGGACGAAAUUGAGUAAAAGACAGGGUGAUAUUAAAAUAAAUCAUUUUAGAGAAACUGGAAUUUUUCCACAGGCUUUAAUAAACUUUAUUGUUCAUUCUGGUGGAGGUUUCACAAAAGAUUUAGAAAGAAAUGUUAAGCCAAAGUGUUACAGCAUGGAAGAAUUAACUCAACAGUUUGAUAUCACUAAAAUAAAUUCACAUUCUGGUAAAGUUAUGGAAGAGAGAUUAAUUCAAUUCAACAAGUUAGAAUUGCAUAAAAAAAUAAACGAUUCGAAUGAAUUAGAAAAAUUAGUCACAGAAGUUAAAGAAUUGUUGAAAGUUGCAUUUCCGAAAAGGGUAGAAAAUAACUCGAUUCAACUGAACGACGAUCAAAUUAGGGACGUUUUGCGUUGGUCCGCAACGAGAAUUAGCAAAUUAUCUGAUUUGGUAUCAAAAAAAUUUAAAUUUGUUUGGUUCGUACCGACACAUUCUACCGUGAUUAACGACGAAAUUGAAACUUUGGCUCUAGUAAAAUCUCGUUUAGAGAAAAAAUUAGACGAUGAUAUGAGUGACGUUAAUGUUUUGUUGAAAGAAUUUUGUCAGGAUCAUGGUAUUAAGUAUAGAGAGUUUAUGCACUUGUUGAGAUACGUUUUGAGCGGAAUUGAGGAAGGGCCGAGUAUAGCAGAAAUGAUGUCAAUUUUGGGUAAAGAAAAUACAAUAAAAAGAUUAGAAAUGUAUAUAAAUAAAACCAAAGUUUGACAUAAAUAUAUAUUUUUGUAAAGUAUAUAUGUUUUAUUUAUCAUUUGAAAUGGGAAAAGUUUAAAAAAAAAUUAAAUAACAUCGAUUCAUUCAUUUCGUUAUGUCUAAAAUCUGCUUUCUUUCACUCGAAAUUACGAAAAAUUCAAAAUUGGUUACUUUUUUUACACCCGCAGUAUACCUUUUAAUCACAAUACACUACUGGAGUGUUGACGUCACGCGACGCCAUUGUUAGAGCAGGUUAAAGAUCACAUUUCAAACAAAGUUUUAAGUGCAUUGAUGAUCGUAUAUAUGUUUAGUGAUUUAUGAUUUUUUCGUAUUUUCUUCGAUAAAUUUUGCAAAAAAAUACACAUUAAAUACUUUUCAAAUAACAUAAAAGAACACACACAAACUUUGGAAAGUGAACCUCGUUUAAUUGGAAUCUUAUAUUAUAAUAAUCAUAACGUUAUAUCCCCUUAAGAGUAUUUUUGCGUGGACAAUAUAUCGUCCUUGUAUAAUAAAUAAUAUGGAAAAGAAAAAAUUAAAAUUGUCCGACAAAUAAAAACUAAUAAACAGAAUUAUUUAACCAAAUAUUUUAAAAGUGCGAACUGUCAAAUGCUUGAAAUGACAUUAUAGGUUUGUUCUAACAAUAAAUCCCGAGUCGUGGGACACUAAAUUUUGAUGAUUCCAAAUAGACAACUUAAUUUUGCAUUAAAACAGAUUAUUAAUUUAUAAAUAAUUAGUAAAACACAUUGGACCUUAUAAUUGUGAAUAAAAAUAAAAAAUUUUUCAACGGUCCAAGAAUAGUUCAAUGAUUAUUAAUAUAACGUUGCCAGAUUCAUUCAUAUAUAAUUAAAUUUACGGAAUUAAAGUGAAAGAAAGCGACUGGUGUUUUAUACAAUAAUAAAUAACGAAAUAUGUUUGGUCACUAUGAAAUCAGGAAUAAAUAUUUUUAAAAUUAGUAAAUAAAAAUAAUUGUUUAUAAUGGCAAUCGUUAUGAUAAUUUAUUUUUAUUUAUUAUUAGAAUUAUUACUUCUUUUAUAUAGAUAGUUGGAAAUCAUUAAAAUAUCGUUAAAUUUUGUUUUUCUAUAAGUAAACAUUAAAUUUCGUUAAAUAAAAUUAAAUAAUAUAUAUGUAAUAAAACAAAAGAAAUGUUAAAUAAUAUAAUGGCAACACUGUUUAAUACACUAUGAACGUUGUUUUGAAAUGUUCUGAAGGCAUUUCAGUGAUUGUCAAUAGUUAUUAUCAUUAAAACGAAAGCCAUUAAAUUUUUCGAAUUUAUUAUUCUUCGAUAAUUAUUUUCACACAUAUUAAAAUGCGAAAUGUACAAUAUUUUGUUUCGUUGGUUCCAACACUUAUACUUAAUUUUUAAGCGUUUUUUCGGUCUUCUUAACUAAAAAAAACUACAUAGACUCUCAUUAUAUUCAGCUAUAUAUUAAGCUGGAUAAAUUAGAUGUAAUCGAUAAGAAGAAAUUUGUAUUUGGAACUAUUUCCUUAUUUUAGAGUAUUGGAAGAUUUUAAUUCUAUAUUUAAACUUAUAAAAAAAUGGUGAUGUUUUAUAAGAAUGGUAUUGAGUUAUUAUUAUUGAAAAUAAGUGAUUUGAAUAUUUGUGCAUCCAGUGUUUGUGCCGUUAAUAAUCUCAGUUAUGCAUUAAACGGGAAUAUGAGGUAAUUAUUUUAAAUAAUAAGAAUCUAUAUAGAUUUAUUUUUAUAUCGAUAAUUUUCUUUUUAUUCUAAUUGCAAGCUAUGGAAUAUGUAUAACGGGGUGGUUUUUUUAUCAAUUCCAACACAAAUCGUGUUAAAAAAAAUGAUAUUUAGUACUAUAAACUUUUAAAUUUGAUUAGUAAGUACGUCCUAAAAAUCCAGUUGAUACGAGAGAGGAUUAUCCAAGUCGUACUAGUUUAAAAUAGAUAAAAAUUUAUAUAAUAGGUACAAUAUAGUAUGUUAAUCACAGUUUUAAGGGUUUGUGGAAUGAACUCUACAAACUUUUGAAGACUUGUAAAAUUUCGAAAUUAAACAAAAUACUUAAUCUACGAGGUAAAUAUAAAUCAAAGUAUAAAAAUUUUAUAAUCAACAACAACAAAACGAUAAAGUUAUUUCGAUAUAUAUUUGAGGAGUUAAUAUCCUACUAAAAUCUAUCUUAAGAACUAUGUAACUAAUCAUUAAAAUCUAAUUGGAAUUUUCGAGAAAGUCAUUCUUUGUACUACGAUCGUUCGGAUACUUUUCAAAAUUCAUUGAUAGGGUUACAAAAUAAUUUAACUUUCUAUUUGAGUCGAUUAAAAAAAAAUUAGGGCAUUAUAUAAUUAUGAUAUCUAGUACAAUUUUCGUCAUUUUUAGACCGAUUCUUAAACACAACUUUUUGUUCUAAUCACAUAAACACGUUUAGGAAAUAACGGAAUUUAAAAAAAAAUAAAGAAAAUCCUACCAAAAUCAGUUAAAACAUCCUUAUAGAGUGUAUUUAUGUUCAUCGCUAUAGAAGCCAAUUUCAGCGCCAUCUAGUGACACGUGAUAUUCGCCAAUAGCAAACUUCAACGUUUGUAAAGGUUGAUGUGAUAAGGCGGAACUCUUAUACUUACACCGUUGCCAUAUGUACAGUUUUUCAUGAAUUUUAACGAAUUUUGUUAUUUUUAACUCAAAUUUGUAUUUUUUUUGCAUUUCAGUACAGAUUGCUAAUAAAUUGGCCCAUUUAAUGUCCAAUUUCAGUGUAAUUACAUAUUUAGAAUUAUUUAAGAGAUAGGUAAAAUUGGUUCUUGUGGUAAUUGGUCCCUUUUACCAAAAAAAAAACAAAAAAAAAAUGAAAUUAGUUUUAUAUCUUAGCGACUAGAUUAACUUUCUCGAAAAUGUUUUUUCUCGGAUAUGCUUCUCAAAAAUUAAUAUUAUGAAAAGACAAUAAGACAUUCAUUCUAUUAUUUACGAGAUUGUCCGCGCCGAAUAAAUUCAAAGCGAUUUUUUUUUCUCUCAAAUAGUUUACGUGAAAGUAUGAGUUGCGACGCGAAAAAUCGACUGAAUCGAUUAUUUAUGACAUAAAAUAUAAGUAAAAGAACAAUAAUCAUAUUAUUGAAAAAAAAGAGGAAGAUUGAUGGUUAUGCAAUAUUGUAUUCCACGUAUUGGUUGAGAAAAAAAAUUAUCUAAACAAAAUAUAAAAACAAUCAAAGCAGAUAAUAAUACCAGUUCAAUUAAGAAAAAAAUGUCUAAUUUUGCUUAAGGAUACGUAAAAAUUAUAUAAACGUAAUUUUUGUUAUUGAUUCGACCCUGUAUAUAAAUCAGUUUUUCAAAAUACAUCCAGUCCUAUAGUUUUGUUCGCUGAUAACGGUAAUACUUAUCAGAACGUACGGUAUAUCUCAAAUUUUGGAAACAUUUCCUUUUUAUUAACGUCAACGAACUACAGAACGUCCUGUAUAUGGUCAUUCUAAUUUAUACCAGUCGAGCAACUGCAUUUAAUUCAAUAAAAUCGCGUUUCAUCUUCCGAUGAGUCAUCGUUAUUCAACUCACUUUUUCUAUCACGUGAGUAUCCGAUCAUAGAGAAAUCAUAGAUGCAAUCAAUCACCCGAACAACCGUCCGCGUCAACGAGAGAGAUAGAAAAUUAGUUAACAUACACAAUAAGAUUUCUUCGUCUCUCACCGGAAGUUGAACGGACAUUCCCACUUGCACUACGCGCAAACCAUUGUAUCUCUAUGAUCCGAGCACAUUAGAAAUCGAUAAUCGGUGUUGCCAAACUGUGCGGGAAGUAGUGGUAUUAAAUACUUUUAUUAUUGAAUAACUAUCGAAAUUAAAAUAAUUAUCCUGUAUACGAGAAAAUAUUAGGAGCGCACUGAUAUUACGAAUCAUAAAAAUAUCGAUUUUUUUUCUGUUUAGAGUAUUUUAUUGACUAACGACAAUUAUUAAUCGACAUUUUUUUAAUUCAAUUCAAUUAAUAAUAGAUCUACCAUAUAUUGCUAAAGGGAUAAGGUAAUUG